AUGUUACAUUCGAGUAUGCCGAGCACCUUGGGCUUAGCUGCCAUUUUUAUUUUAUUACCGACGUUAUUUUUUCAAUUAACUUUGCCCAAGAAGUCCCGCUUGCCGUUGAUUAAUGGGAAAAAAUUAUCCGAAUUUUCGUAUACCAACUCUGGGAAGCGAUUUUUGAAAAAUGCACGCAUCUUGAUUGAUGAGGGCCUUGGUAAGGCCAAGGCUUUUCGCCUUUUGACAGACAAUGGGCCAAAGACCGUGCUUUCUGCUGAUUAUGCCGAUGAGAUUCGCAGCCACCCUUUGCUGAACUUUGGGGCCGCUAUUGCGAAGGAAUUUCACGCCGAUAUCAAAGGCUUGACACAUUCAAGCAAGGAACUAGAGCAGACGAGAUUUUCCAGGAUGCCGUCAGGAUGCAGAAAUGUUAUCGAACCUAUUUCCACCGAGGCUUCUAUCAUCCUUGAAAGAGAUUGGACAAAUAAUCAUGGCUGGCAUGAUAUUGUCCUUAAAAAAAGUGCCCUUAAAAUCGUUGCCCAGCUAUCGUCCAGAGUCUUCCUUGGCGAAAAGUUAUGCCGCAACCCAGACUGGCUUCGAAUAACCAUUAGUUACACUGUUAAUUCAUAUAUCGCUGCUCAGGCUCUCCGCCUAUGGCCGGAGGUAAUACGUCCGCUAGUAGCCAGCUUCCUACCGUCCUGUCGUAAACUCCGACAGGAGAUUGAGGAGGCAAGGGCUAUUAUAAACCCAGUGCUUGAGGAAAGACGACAGGCAAAAGAGGCAGCUAUCCGGGUCGGUAAAAACGCCAGAGCGUUAUCUCGAUGCCAUGCAGUGGUUGGAAGAAUCUGCUAG